CUCAGAAGGAUCCAUUGGUGUUUUAUAAUCACUAGAAAAAUUUCCCCUCAGAAAAUAGGUAGUUAUCAACAUCAUAGCCUCCAAUCAAUCAGGAAAUUCUAUCAAGACAAGGAAAAUAAACCACAGAAAGAAAUUCAGAGAAAGAAACAUAAAGAGAGAGAGAGACCAAGGCGGCUGGCUGCUUCAUUCUUUCAUCGGCAUCUGGAGGUGCAAAUUGUCUACCCAUCACCGACUUAUGACUGUCUAUAAACAACGCCAUAAGGCUAAAAAAUCGACACUAUGACGAACGUCUCGCUUGGGAUGAGUCGAAGAUCACGAAGAGACGGACGCUUCAUCUUCUCCGAAUUCAGGUAAAUCCUCAAACUCUAUCUGUGAAUUCAAUCCACACACAUAUACACAAACUGAUCAUCAUGGUAUUCAUCAAAUCACCGGAUAAUAGAACCCUAGCUCUAGAAAUCAACCCCUACUCAACCUCGCUCCAAACCCUAACCCAUCAGAUACAACAAAAAUUAGACCUCCCAAUCUCUCUCCAACGUCUCUAUCUCUCCUCUCGCCGUUUAGUCCCCCAAAACGAUGCCGUUUCUCUGUCCUCCCUCGGCGUUGAACACAACUCAACCCUAGUUCUCCACAUCCCACUCUUCGGUGGUAUGCAAGCCCCUGUGGCACCCAAAGCCAGAUUAGAAUUUCUCAACACGAGGCCCCCACCGAAUUAUGUGGCCGGGCUGGGCCGUGGCGCAACUGGCUUCACCACCCGGUCCGAUAUCGGUCCUGCACGUGCUGCCCCUGACCUUCCCGACCGCUCUGCCGCUGCAAUCGGUGCUGCGGGAGUUGGCCGUGGCCGGGGCAAAGGCGGCGGAGAAGAAGAAGAGGAGGAGGAAAGUGAGGAGAAAGGGUAUGAUGAAAACCAGAAAUUCGAUGAGUUUGAAGGGAAUGACGUUGGUUUAUUUGCGUCUGCGGAGUAUGAUGAAGAUGACAAGGAGGCGGAUGCUGUGUGGGAGGCUAUCGAUAAGAGAAUGGAUUCGAGGAGGAAGGAUAGGAGAGAGGCUCGGUUAAAAGAAGAGAUAGAAAAAUAUAGGGCUUCGAACCCAAAAAUUACUGAGCAGUUUGCUGAUUUGAAAAGAAAGUUGCUUACAGUGUCACAUCAAGAAUGGGAGAGUAUACCCGAAAUAGGGGAUUAUUCUAUGAGGAAUAAGAAGAAGAGGUUUGAGAGUUUUGUGCCGGUUCCUGAUACUCUUCUCGAGAAGGCUAGGCAGGAACAAGAGCAUGUCACAGCAUUGGAUCCAAAGAGUAGGGCAGUGGGUGGGACUGAAACUCCGUGGGCUCAAACUCCCGUUACUGAUUUAACUGCUGUGGGAGAAGGCAGAGGAACUGUGUUGUCGUUGAAGUUGGAUAGGUUAUCGGAUUCGGUAUCGGGAUUGACUGUUGUUGAUCCAAAGGGAUAUUUGACCGACUUAAAGAGUAUGAAGAUUACUAGUGAUGCAGAGAUUUCAGAUAUCAAAAAGGCCAGGUUGUUGUUGAAGUCGGUUACUCAGACUAAUCCAAAACACCCGCCUGGUUGGAUUGCAGCCGCGAGGCUGGAGGAGGUUGCUGGAAAGAUUCAGGUUGCGAGGCAAUUGAUAAAGAAGGGGUGUGAGGAGUGUCCGAAGAAUGAGGAUGUUUGGUUGGAGGCAUGCCGGUUGGCAAGUCCGGACGAGGCUAAGGCGGUGAUAGCUAGGGGAACCAAGAUGAUUCCCAAUUCGGUGAAGUUGUGGAUGCAGGCUGCAAAAUUGGAGCAUGAUGAUGCAAGUAAGAGUAGGGUGUUGAGGGUGGGGCUUGAACAUAUAUCUGAUUCUGUUAGGCUUUGGAAGGCUGUUGUGGAGCUUGCUAAUGAGGAGGAUGCAAAGGUUCUGCUUGAGAGAGCUGUGUUUUAUUGUCCAUUGCAUGUGGAGUUGUGGCUUGCGCUUGCGAGGUUGGAGACCUAUGAUAAUGCAAAGAAGAUUCUUAAUAGGGCAAGAGAGAAGCUUUCGAAAGAGCCGGCUAUCUGGAUAACUGCUGCAAAGUUGGAAGAGGCUAAUGGGAACACUGCCAUGGUUGGGAAGAUUAUUGAAAGGGGUAUUAGGGCUUUGCAGAGAGAGGGUUUGGUGAUUGACAGAGAGGCUUGGAUGAAGGAGGCUGAGGCUGCUGAACGAGCAGGAUCGGUUGCAACAUGCCAGGCUAUAAUACAUAAUACCAUUGGUAUUGGAGUGGAGGAAGAAGAUCGGAAGAGGACGUGGGUUGCUGAUGCAGAGGAGUGCAAGAAAAGGGGGUCCAUUGAGACUGCGAGGGCAAUCUAUGCUCAUGCUCUUACUGUAUUCCUAACCAAGAAGAGUAUAUGGCUCAAAGCAGCACAGCUUGAGAAAAGUCAUGGGACAAGGGAAUCUCUCGAUGCCCUACUUCGUAAAGCAGUUACUUACAGGCCACAGGCCGAGGUUCUAUGGUUAAUGGGUGCGAAAGAGAAGUGGCUCGCUGGUGAUGUGCCUGCAGCCCGAGCAAUUCUGCAGGAAGCAUAUGCUGCCAUUCCCAAUUCUGAGGAGAUUUGGCUUGCUGCUUUUAAGCUUGAAUUUGAGAACCAUGAGCCUGAGAGGGCAAGAAUGCUUCUUGCUAAAGCCCGAGAAAGGGGAGGCACGGAACGAGUCUGGAUGAAGUCUGCCAUAGUGGAGAGGGAAUUGGGGAACACCGAGGAGGAGAGGAGGUUGCUUGAUGAAGGGCUGAAACAGUUCCCUUCAUUUUUCAAACUGUGGUUGAUGCUUGGUCAAUUGGAGGAGCGACUUGGUCAUCUGGAGCAAGCCAAGGAAGUGUAUGAGGUGGGUUUGAAGCACUGCCCAAUUUGUAUACCUCUGUGGCUUUCACUUGCUAGCCUAGAGGAGAAGAUGAAUGGCUUGAGUAAAGCUCGGGCUGUUCUCACCAUGGCUAGGAAGAAGAAUCCUCAAAACCCCGAACUCUGGCUUGCUGCAGUGCGAGCUGAAUCUAGGCAUGGCAACAAAAAGGAAUCUGAUAUUUUGAUGGCAAGGGCAUUGCAGGAGUGCCCCAAUAGUGGUAUUCUAUGGGCUGCUUCAAUUGAGAUGGUUCCUCGUCCUCAACGGAAAACCAAGAGCAUGGAUGCACUCAAGAAAUGCGAUCAUGAUCCCUAUGUCCUUGCAGCUGUGGCCAAAUUAUUUUGGCAUGACAGAAAGGUGGACAAAGCUAGGACUUGGCUCAACAGAGCUGUGACUCUUGCUCCGGAUAUUGGAGAUUUCUGGGCUCUGUAUUACAAAUUUGAACUUCAACAUGGGACUGAAGACAACCAGAAGGAUGUAUUGAAGAGAUGCAUCGCCACAGAACCCAAGCACGGCGAGAAAUGGCAAGCAAUGUCAAAGGCUGUGGAGAAUUCCCACCAGCCAACGGAAGCCAUUUUGAAGAAAGUGGUGGUUGCACUUGGGAAAGAAGACAAUUCUGUUGAGAAUAGCCAACGCUAGUUGCCCAUUGGAUUUCCAUCUAGGUCGUGUUUUGGUAAAUUGGUCUCACAUUGCUCAUAUUCAAUGUCCUUUUUAUGUACUAUGCAAACAUUCCUCUUGUCCUUCAGUUUAUUUAGAUGAAUGUUUAGGAGAUCUGUAUGACUGAAAUUUGAUUUUCAAUCGUGACUUAUGGUAUUGUUAGAGUUUUUGCUGUGGAGCAUUUUUUGAUUUUCCUUUGUUCUCUAGCUUCAAUUAAAGUUGUAGUGAACCUAAUUGAUAUUGGGUCUGUUUCUUGGUUUUCGAUUCAAGUAACUUUGUUUCAAAAAUGCUCUGUUUUGCUUUGUGCACGGUGCAGAAAAUAAUGCUCCAUUCAAUAGGAAAAGCUAUCGAGUUGUUUAUUGUAGAGUUUGGCUUCUUAGUUGUAUAUGAAGGUUGGCAGUAAUUUAUUUGAAUUUUUAGGAUCUAUUAGGAAGAUUUUCUGCUGAUAGUCGUAGUCUCAUAUUUAAUGCAUCAGACUAGCAUUAUGAUUUAUGUUCUUAGUUUCUUUGGGCCCUUGCUAUCCAACUAAGGUGGGGGGGGAGGGUGACAUCUAUGACUAAGUGAUGCUAAUGGGAUCAAAAUCGAAAUCUUGAAAUUAUUGAAUUUGAAAAACAAAGUAAGAUACAUUGAACCUCUAGAGGUCAGUUUUGUCAAAACUACAAUGAUAUUGAAAGUGGUUCAUUUUUCUUAUUUCUACUGGAUAGAGGAGGCCUUAAGAAUGACUUCAUUUGCAUAUACAAACGUCAAAUUGUUGGGAACCAAAAGAGCCCCAAAUUUUACUCUUUUUUUUUUUUUUAUCAAAGGGGUCUUCUAUUUUGUAAUUAGUAAAAAUGUUUAUCAAAAUGGUUCAUCACAAAGCUCUUUCAUUUUACAGUUUCAGGCAUAAUAUCGAGCAAUGCUGCAUAGAACCACUGCUUGGCACCAUUUACACUUUUAUGCUUGUUGAUGCUGUGCUUUCUAUUGGCUGUUACAUGCUAUUUUUAUCCUUUGUGAUAUCUGAAUUUUGAUUAGAAGCUGAGCCAUUUCUUAUGCUUUAUCUGGCUGUUCGUGUUGUUCAGGGAACAUGAUGUUUGGUAUGUUGUAGCCAUUUGCAUGAUUCAUUUAUAGAAUUGGGCUGAAGCAAUUCAUUGACUCUAUUCCUAUGCUUAGUGCAUUAGUACUUGUCAUGAUUCCUGCUCAGGAAACUACGAUGGGUUUAUGGGACACAACUUGGCAUUGAUAAGUCAAGGCAUUGGAUGUUCUACCAUUUGGAAAUUUUGUUUUACUUGAACAGUAAUCUAAUGUUUAUGCGUGUAAACAAAGCAGAAAAGAUGGAUUAGUUGGCUUGAGCUUGCUUCCCCCAGAUGCCCAACCUUGGUCUAACUUACAAAGGAGUAAAAACCUCAGUGAUGUUGCCCUCUGAUAGAUAUCUUGAUCAGCUGGGAUGCCCUAAAUGGGGUGAAAUGCAGUAUCCUAUUCUUGUGCUUGUUUAGGAAUCCGCCUCUCCAAAUUGGAGUAAGGUUGUCUAUCACUUACUGCUUUAGAAUCCAGCUUUAGGGGUGGGAGUCUUGUGCAUUAGUUACAACCAGUUAUCAUUGUAGGUUUCUCUGUUUUGGUUCUAUUUUGGUUGCAAAUUUCCUACAUCUAAUAGGAUUCUGCAAGUGCAGAACAGGUUGUUUGAUUGCCAAUGAAACAAGUAGACUGCAUAUUAUGUUGGUAGAAUAUUUAAUUGAACAUACAACAUAGAUAGACAAACGACAUAAUGCCUAAACAUGAAUCAACUCUGAACUUGCGCAGGUCCUAUCUAUUGAGUGCCAGAACUACUCCACUGGUGGUUUAGAAGGGUUGGGCUUUUAUUGGAUAAAACACAGUAUUCCAUUCAACAUAGAGAACUCAGAGAUUAGCAACAAUAUGGAGUUGCAGCAGCAAGGAGAGGAAGUUUCUUGUGGGCAGUCAUACCAGUGGAUUCAGUCAUCCAUAUUCUCGCCCCUUUCUCUUCCAGGUAAGGCAAAAUCAAACUUCCACACUAUUUUAGCUAAUGCCAGCUCAUUGAUGGCUAUGGCAAAUUGGACACCGGGACAUAUCCUCCGGCCAGCGCCAAACGGAAUCAACUGGAAGUUAACCCCCUUGAAAUCUAUAGAACAAUUCAAGAACCUCUCUGGACGAAACUCCUCAGGUUCUUCCCACAGUAAUGGGUCUCAUCCAAUAGCCCAAGCAUUGAUUAUUACUUGUGUGCCUGCUAGAACAUCAUAACCCAAUAUUUUGACAUCUUCAGUUGGAAGUGGAAUAUGUAACCGUAGAGUCUGUUUGAUUACUCCAUUGAAGGAGUGCAUUUUCUCUAUAUCAUCCUCAGUUAUUUCUGAUUUGCCACUAGCUAUUUCCCUCACCUCAUUCUGUAAUUACUUCAUGACUUUCCGGUGUCUUAAGAGUUCUGUCAUGGCCCACUCUAGGACUGUGUAAGUGGUAUCAGUUCCUGCAACAAACAUAUCUUACAAGGAUAGAAGAGGUUACAUUUUGAAGCCUUUUCUCCAUACCUACACUAUUAAUAAAGGAAGAGGGGUGUUCUAAGCAAAAUGUUCACGAAGUCCAUCUCUUUGCCUUCAACACUCUCACUAUAACAAGAAAUCACCCCUUUUUCCUGAUUCAUGUGCUCUUGAAGUAUAGUCUCCAGAUAUUCAUCACUCUCUUUUGCAACUAUCUCCACUUUAGCAUCCAAACCAUUGAUACAAUUCACCCACCCGAGCCAGGGGAUACAGUCCCCCACAUUGAAAACAUCCAACAAUUCUCCAAACUCCUUCAGCAGCACCUUAAUCUUCCUAUUUACAUCCCCUACACUGUACUUCCUUCCUAAUGCAACCCUGCACACCACAUCGUUCGUAAGCAACAUAAACAUGUCGCUAAAAUUUAUUAAUGAAGACGAAGACAACGCCUCUCUGAUCUUCUCAAUCAAAAGGUCUGUUUCUUCUUCUCUCACUUUUCGAAAUGAUUGAACUCUCUUGUGACUUAGCAUCCAAACCAUUGAUACAAUUCACUCACCCGAGCCAGGGGAUACAGUCCCCCACAUUGAAAACAUCCCCUACACUGUACUUCCUUCCUAAUGCAACCCUGCACACCACAUCGUUUGUAAGCAACAUAAACAUGUUGCUAAAAUUUAUUAAUGAAGACGAAGACAAUGCCUCUCUGAUCUUCUCAAUCAAAAGGUCUGUUUCUUCUUCUCUCACUUUUCGAAAUGACUGAACUCUCUUGUGACUUAGAAGCUGGAGCACUGCAAUGCUUUUUACCUGCCUCCAAUACUCGCCAUAAGGAGCGAAUGCUAUGUCCUUAAAGUUGUAGAGCAGUGUACUAGGGAUGCUUGAUCUAGGCCUGUUUGAGAAGAUCCGAUCAUGGGUUUUCAUGAUCUCAUGAGUUGCAUCAAUAGAGGAGGCGACAAGCACUUUUACACUGCCAAAACAAAGCAGCAUGAGAGGACCAUGUUGUCGAGCUAAUGAUUGAAGUGACCGGUGGGGGUAUAACCCGAGUUGGUGAAGGUUUCGGAUAAUUGGGAGCUUGGGGGGAGAUGGUGGUAGGUUUCUGUGGGUGGUUGGAGUUGUGGACAACCAUUUGAAAAGAAAUGUAAUGAGAAAUAACAAGGGAAAAAUGCAGAAGAAUGAUGGUUGCAAUAAGAACAGUAUUGCUUCUGGCCCCAUGUGCAGGGAAGAGCUAGAUAGAGUUUUGUGAAGAUAGUGGUCCUUUUAUCAUGUUUCCUAGUGCUAGAAAUCGUGGUUCUCCGCAUUAGGAACAAAACUACUCUUGAAGUAUAAAUAUUUAAGCUGUUUUCUCUCCAACAAUUUUAGAUUUUGGUAUAGAUGAUUAUUUAAUAUGGUAUCAGAGUUGGAAGUUU